GUUCAUCAGCAGCAACCGCCACAACAGGUAAAUCAGCAGCAACCACCGCCUACCCCUCAACAGGUCCAGCAGCAGCAACCGCCACUUGCUCAACAGGUCAAUCAACAACAGCAGCCACCCCCUCAACAGGUCAAUAUAGUUAUACGCUUUAAGCUUACCUAA